AUGGGCGACGGCUCUGACUAUCCUAGCCCUCGAAGUGAAGCUCCUCACGGAGUUAAUGCUGCCUCGGUUCUAGCUUCUGCUCAAGAGUCUCUUUCAAUUGCCAGAAUGAAUGAGCAGCAACCCUCUCUCGCCUACAUCGAGGGCGCGCGCCCGCGCCUCUCCGUGCGGCGCGCUCGUGAUCCUCCCAAGAACGCCGACGGCCAGAUCUACUGCGACCAUCUGGAUUGCCAGGAACAUCCCCCUAUCUUCCGCCGUCCCUGUGAAUGGAACAAACAUAUGGAUAAACAUGACCGUCCCUACAAGUGCUACGAACCAGGAUGCGACAAAGUGCAAGGAUUCACCUAUUCAGGUGGUCUUCUGCGUCACCAACGCGAAGUACACAAGAAGAACACGGACGCCAAGAAGCCUCUGAUGUGCCCUUAUGCCGACUGCAACCGAAGCACUGGGAAUGGAUUUACUCGUCAAGAAAACCUCAGGGAGCACUUGCGCCGGCGACACAUGCAUACAGAUGAUGGGGGUGUUCCUUCGAUUAUGGUUGACAUGCCUUGGGAACGAGCUAAUGAACUGGAAGGCCUGCCUGGAACUGAGGAGAAUGGUGACAUCCACAACGAAGUCAAACGACUGCGACUGGAAGUCCAAGAGAAGGAUCGUCGUCUGGAGGAACUUGAGCGCAUUGUCGCCGGGCUCCAGCAGGCCAUUCCCCAACCACCCCAGCCGGAUGUCGACAGCCCGUCUCUCGUCCAGGCAAUUCCUUCUGGACUGCCUCCAGCGGCCUCUCAAGUUUAA